CUUUUACGCUCUCUCAUCCACCACAACUACUACUCACGAUGCUUGCCCGUAUGACUGCCCGUUCUGCCAUCCGUGCACCCCGUGUGGCUGCCACGCCCAUCGCGGUGCGCUUCUACUCUGACCAAAACUCGUUCAACAAGAAGGAGAAGGCUCACGAAGACCAGUACGCUCGCAAGCACGAGCAGGAGCAGCUCGAGAAGCUGAGGAAGCAGAUUGCUGACAAGCAGGCUGAGCUCGAGAAGCUCCAGAAGGAGCACGACGAAAUCAACAAGAAGAACUAGAUGGAUCGCACUUGCGUAAGAGCGCAAUCCACCAGACACAAGGCAGAGAGAGAGCGGUACGAGCACCUGUGAGACCUGCUAGAUGACCCAGCUGUCUCAUCUUGGAUUCACGCGUUUAGCUCGUUGCAUCUACGUAUGCUUCGUAUAUCUUGUACAAUUCCGCGC